UGCAUCUGUGUGAAUGCGCAUGUACACGCGCCGUCAAAAAUAGUUAUUCCAUCUACGCCAACCUCAAAAUACAUCUGCAUGUGCAACACCGGUUUCGCGAUUACUGACGCUAAACCCCAAAUAGCAGUAAUCACCGGUAAUUGGCGAACAAACGUUGCGAACAGACCCGUCAGGAAGGGUUAAUUUUGAUUGAGUAUGUGAGCUGUCUAAAUAGAAGCUAUAGUUGAAGUUAUUGAAGCAGCCAAAUCAGCUGAGCGAUGGCGAGCAGGCGGGGACGUCGGUCUUCCUCGUCGUCGUCCUCAUCCCUCGAGGAAUUAUCGAAACCCUCGAGAGAUCGUACAACUAAUACCUCGCGUGAAAAUACGUUCAGAAUUAGAAACGACAAUGAUAACCCAGAUGUCCCAAGACGUUCCUCCGAGGAAAAUCCCUUCAGUUUCAAACACUUCCUGAAAAACGACUCGCAGACGAAUUAUCAAUAUACCGGCGCAAGGCCAAAGGUCUACACAUCAGGACGAAAGAUUGGUGAGAGCAGUGGUCUCGAUAAUGACAGUGUUUACACGAGGAAUCCCACGGAACUGCCCGACUUCGUUCAAGAUCAUCUGGUCAUUGAGCAGUGCUACUUGAAUCAUGACUCAGCGACGUUCGCACAAGCUCUUCCCGAUGUCGACAAUCUUCCGGAUUUCGCCAUUAACAGUGUCGAGCAGCGAUCCAUGUGCCAUCGGGCUGAGGGAAAAUCGUUGGAUAGGGGGGAUCUACCAUUCGACCUGACGGGGAGCAUCGACAGGAGGAAGAGGAGACGCGAUCGUCCUGUUCCUAAUUCAUCGCCACUGGGUAACGGGGAGGGAUCAAGGUUUGGGAGGGCUCAUGAGGGAUCCCCGGUGAUGCUGGAACCCAUCGCGUUUCCACUAGAUCUACCCCUAAAUCAAGAACCAAAUGGGCCAGCCAAUACAUCAGGAAUUGCACAACCUGCAGGCGAUUCUAGUAUACCAAAUUCAUUACCUGAUUUUCUGAGUGAUGGGCCGAUACGAAAUAGAGUGGCACCGCUGCCCGAAGUCUCGGCUGCUUUAAAUCCCUCUGAGCCAUUGGAUAGAAGAUUGCUUUUGGAAAUUGAUCACCUCCGGCAGGACCUAGAAAUGUCUCGCAGGCAGAACAAUGAACAAAAUAGACGGAUACACGUUCUUGAGGCAGAAUUGUCCUCGCGAAGAGCAGUGGAUCACGAGGAGACAGUGCACUUGGAGAAAGCGAUGGAACAGGUGGAGGACAAUUUAAAACGCAGUACUAGACGAGCAGUGAAUGCCGAGAGUACAGUGACAGUAUUGAAACAAGAAGUGAAAAAACUGAAGUUGGAAAUCCAGACCCUCCAAGGGGAGAAUGGAGAGUUGAGAGGAGCCAUGGGUGCAAGUUACAGUGAUUCCCGAACGAGCAGUGAAAAGAAAAUACGGAGACUAGCAGGCGACCUGCGGGAUGCUGCGUCAUCCGCUCAUACUCUUCUCAGGCAAUUGAUAUCGGGGGUCGAUAACCUCAAAGUAAUCGCCUCAAGCCUGGAGAACGUUGACAGGCUAGAAGACAGUACCAAAGACUUUCUCUUAGACUUCGACGAGGACAACGCCGCUGGCCCGGCCCUCUGAAUCCCAUAAAUCGAUGCUAAUUUUUCAUUAAUCUAGAUAUAACGUGCGCUAAAAUCCCCUCCAUACCCGUCCCGGAGGCACUAGUGGAAUAUAUUUCCGAAAGCUCCAGAAUAAAUCUACAAACCGAACACGUCCAUCUGUUGUUUUGAAAAAAAAAUUCGUAGGAUUUUAGAGCUAAAUCUAUCGUGUAAUUAUUUAUAACUUAUUUGUUGUACUUUUUAUAAUCGUCACUAAACUGUCAGGUUUCACUUUCCAUUGGAUAUUACGAUGAAUAGUGACGUAUGAAAAAUUUCAAUAGAAAAACCUGACGCUUUUGUUGAGAGAUUUUAUUUUUUAAUAGAUUGUGAUAAAUUUAAAAAUAAUAAAAAGACGAACAACUAAAUUUGGCCAUAGAAA